AUGGUGACCAAGACACCGAGUGCAUAUGCUACGCUACGUAGUUUGACAUACCGCACGCAGGACCUACCACUGAAUGACUGGACACAACUGGGUAUCACGAAAGUGACACAUUUACUGAGAGAGGGAGGAAUCCAGCAGUUCCCUGAUUUACAACAGACCUAUGCUCUGCCCAGCAGAGAACUUUUCAUAUAUAUGCGUAUCAAACACAUUGAGAAGGAUAAGUUGAACCUUUUAGACUCCCAGGAACUGGGUACGUUUGAUAAACUGUGUUUGGGUAUUCUGAGCCUCCCUAAGCCAUUAUCUCUGUGUUAUAAAUGCCUAUUGGUAACGGGCAAUCAUGUAAGCUAAGAAAUAUCGAACAAUGGGAAAAGGAACUUAACUGUAGUAUGAAGCUGAGCAAUUGGCAUACCGCAAUGACAGGAGUGAAGAGAAUCACUCACUCUUUGGACCAUAUAGAGGCAGCUUACAAGUUAUGGAUGCGGUGGUACCUCACCCCCAAAUGCCUAGCACACAUUUACCCAGCCGCCCAGCCAACCUGCUGGCACUGCUGUCAGGAUACGUCAAGAGGUGA